AUGGCUGCGAACGCCUUCAUGUCCUGGACGCUGUUGAGAGGUAGCGGGGUGGCAGAACAAGAUACGUUCGGUGGAUUCGCGCGGGAUUUUGCGAAUCCACCGCCAGACGGCGCUCUCGCCGUUGCUGCUCGCGUCUCCGCCACGCCCGGCCGUCUAGCCCGCUCCUCGGCCCGCUGCCCAGCCCGCGCCUGCUCCGAAACAGGCGGCCUUGACCCAAUUCGGGGUUACGGGGGCCACCCGUGCCCCAAUCACGGCACCCAUUCGCGCCCCUAG